AUGUCGCAGCUCUCGUCGAUUGCGAGUGUGCGGGAUGGGCGUAUUUGCAUUUGGAGCCCGCAGGGCAAGGAUCGUGGCGUGACUGUGAUGAUUGAUAAUUAUGACAGCUUUACCUUCAAUGUCGCCCAAUUCCUCGUGGAAGCUGGCGCGAAUGUAGUCAUUUUCCGAAAUGACAUGGUCACGCUCGAGACCAUUGAGGCCCUGCGGCCUGAGCAUAUUGUGAUCAGCCCAGGUCCUGGGCAUCCAGAAACGGACGCAGGUGUAAGUAUUCCAUGCAUCAAACACUUCAGUGGACGCGUACCUAUCCUUGGCAUUUGCAUGGGCCUACAGAGCAUCACGGUAGCCUUUGGCGGAGUCGUCGAUGGAGCUGGCGAGAUUUACCACGGAAAGACCUCAGAUAUGUACCACGAUGGGCGCGGCUUAUUCGCUGGGCUCCCAGCAUCAGAACCUAUUACUGCGACGCGAUACCACAGCCUAUGUGCAAAUAUCGAGUCACUGCCAGAUGUUCUCGUACAGACGUCGCACGUAGAUUCGGGCAUCAUUAUGGGUAUUCGGCAUAAGAAAUUCACGAUCGAGUCUGUACAGUAUCAUCCCGAAAGUGUUAUGAGCGAGCAUGGGCAUGACAUGAUGCGCAACUUCUUAAGCUGGCGUGGUGGUACAUGGGAAGAAAACCCCCACGCCCAAGUAUAUGCGGUCACUCUUCCCUCUGAAAGUAUCCUCUCACGCAUUUAUCAUCAGCGCAGAAUUGACGUGGAACAGGCACAAGCUAUUCCCGGUCGCUCGUUGGCCGAUUUAGAAAAAUCACUAGCACUGCAUUUGGACCCUGCUCAGAUCGACUUUCCGCGGCGUCUCUUACAAGGAACCGAGCCUUCCGUCCCUGGAGUCAUGGCUGAGAUUAAGCGUGCUUCACCUAGCAAAGGUAAUAUUGCUCUGCAUGCGCACGCUGGUGAGCAGGCUUUGGCGUAUGCCCAGAGCGGUGCUAAUGUCAUUAGUGUACUGACAGAGCCUACUUGGUUCAAGGGCACGAUUGAAGACCUGGCUCUCGUUCGACAUGCGGUGGAACGCAUCCCAAAUCGUCCAGCCAUUCUUCGCAAGGACUUUAUCGUGCACGAGUACCAAAUUGCAGAAGCACGUCUAGCUGGUGCGGAUACCAUUUUACUCAUUGUCGCGAUGCUCGACGACAUCACGCUCCAUCGCUUGUAUGCGUACAGCAAGCACUUGGGCAUGGAACCACUCGUCGAAGUUAACUGCGCCGAAGAGAUGCAGCGAGCUCUGCAACUUGAGCCACAAGUGAUUGGCAUAAACAACCGCAACUUGCACAGCUUUGAAGUGGACAUGAGCACUACAACGCGACUGGCCCAAGCCGCGCUCGAGCGUAAUAUCACGCUCGUUGCUCUGAGCGGUAUUCAAGGACGAGUGGAUGUGGAACAGUACUUGAACCAAGGUGUGCGAGCAAUUUUAGUUGGUGAAGCAUUCAUGCGAGCCCAGGACAAGAUGGCUUUCAUGGCUGCCUUACGUGGACAGAGCGUCAAGCGCUCGACAUCGCAACACCGUUUUGUCAAGGUGUGUGGUAUCAAGACGCCAGAAGCUGCCGUGGCAGCUGCUCAAUCCGGUGCUGACUUGCUCGGAAUCAUUCUGGCACCAGAUACCAAGCGCACUGUGUCUGAUGCGGAUGCUCUCGAAAUUGUAAAUGCCGUGCACCGUAUCAAGCGCUCGAAUGCGCGAGCCAGUGCACAGAAGCCAACGGAAUGGUUUGCUUGGCACGCACAGCGGAUGGCCGAAGCCGUCCGGCAGCGACCUUUGGUCGUUGGCGUAUUCCGGAAUCAGUCGCUGGAGGAAAUUGCUGAAAAGGCCAUGGCUCUUGGUCUAGAUGCGGUGCAGUUGCACGGCCGUGUAGAAGAGCUCGACUGGGCCAAAUUCCUCCCAGGUGUCUUUGUGAUCCGUGUCUUCCAUAUGACACCAGAUGAAGAGAAGAACGCCCCAACGCUGCAUGAUGCACUUCGACCUGGCUACCAUCACAUCAUUUUGUUGGAUACAGCCACUCAAGGCGGACAAGACGGUGGCUCGGGCGUGUCGUUCAAUUGGUCGCACGUAUCUAACAUACCUGUACCCUUCCUUAUCGCUGGUGGCCUGACACCAGACAAUGUGCAAGAGGCGCUGACUCAAUCACUCGCGGCCGGAGUCGAUACAAGCUCCGGCGUCGAAACUGAGGGCCAAAAGGACACGGCCAAAAUCACCGCGUAUGUGGAGAACGCACGCCGUGUUCUAUCUUAA